AUGUCAUUUCGAACGCGAACAGCACUUUUUCCGCAAAAAUCGUUCGUGUCCUUUGGAGAGCUUUGCGCAUUCUUAUUGAUAUGUGGACGAGAGGAUUAUUCUGCUUCGCCGACUCCUCGUCAUUCGUAUUCCAUCUAUUCAUUUGCUGAACUAGCAAUUGAGCAAGAAACUAACACUACAAAUAAACAAGACGGCCGAGUGUGGGAUGUUGUUAUUGCCACAUGCGAUGAGCCUGGCGCUGGCACCGAUGCAUCCGUCUACUUGAAGAUAUACUAUGAGUCUGCACAUGACUACGAAACUUUCAACUUGGACAACCCAGGAAGGGAUGACUUCGAGAGAGGAGCAAGAGAUCACUUUAAACUAUUCUUCAAACAAGGUGACAUCAUAAAUAUAGGUCUCUUUUGGUGGCCAGGAUUUACGUUCAGUCAGUCGUGGUGUGCAAAAUGGGUACUUCUACUGAACUCGGAUACUGAGACAUGUUUUGAGGGGAUCUUUAAUAAAUGGAUCCUGCACUAUAAGGAUCCACCCACGUACGCGACGCAAUUCCACAAGCUUCGAUUUGCGGACUGCGUAGCUCCCGGAGAUGCGAAAGCACCACGUCGAAGCUACAUGAGAUAUGAAGACAGAGAAUCAAUUGCUGAACGCUACUUUGUGACUCGAAAAUGGGAAUCGCUUCAGUACAACAAAAAUGAAUCAAACACAAUGUUGUCGAUAGUUGUUAAUUCCGAGUUCAUGAUUGGGGAUUUUACUCCUCAAAGCCUCGCACAUAAUGAGGCAGCAUCAUCGCCUUUGAACAACAGCAGGAGAUCCACUUUCGAUGACGAUGCAUUCUUCUCACCGUCGAAACCAUCAAAAUCUGAAACUCGCACGAGUCGUCCAAUGCUUAGCCCUCAACCGGUUUCACUCCCUACCAUACAUGAUAAGAUUUUAGAUUGGUUCCGAGGAAUUAUUUCACUCCGUCUACUGAGAACCUCGAUUUUUGUCGGGCUUAUAAGUGCUUGUGUAUUUUUCUUCUCUUUGAUAGCUCUUCAGUUUUCAAUUCGGUCAAUUUUUCGGUUCUUUGGUGAUGCAUUUGGUACAAUUUUUGCUGCUUCGACGUGGUUAUCUGCUUUGACGGUUGGGAUUCUCUCCUUUGCUAUGAGUUGGACUGUGCUGAAUAUGUUGCUGAAAGCUGAGCAGCAGCAGAGGUUAUCGUGGAAGAACUCGGAGACCUGGCUUGGUUUCUGCAUCGUCUUGAUAUAUAACAUCGUUUAUGGUGGUAUCAUUUUAAAAAUGUCAUACUUUCCUGAUGCAGAUACAUUUCUAUUGGGAUCAAUAAUGCUCUCAACUAUAAUUUCAUCAUUUUACUCGAUUUUCCACAACGACUUCCAACUCUCCUUUUCGGGUAGCGCUGCGCAGCUAGGAAUAUUCCACUCUAUCUGUGGAAUGUUCUCAAUUGGACGCGAAUCCGUGAUGACUUCUACAUUUCGUGAAGCGGCACGAGUUGUUUCUCUAACGGUUUUGUGUGGAUGUUUUGUAGGAUUAUUCACGAACGGACUGUCUUCAUUAUUAUUUAUUUUCUACAUUUCUUCCCAUCUUUAUUGUUUGGUCAUCGUUUUUGGACAGCUCUUCGCUACGAAAAUUUUACUGAAAAUGUGUCGCCAAAUUGUAAUGAAGCCAAUCUCUUUCAUUUUACCUCCACCAUUUGUUGUGCAUACUCCAACUCCUGAGCAAACACGGACACUCACAAACGUCCUCGACAGCCAAGAUGGUCUAUUGAAGUUGUUCGCUUUCACCGACCUACGUCGAAUAGCGUGGAUGGAUCGCACUCGUCGCCUAGAAGUGUUUUCACUUAGUCAACCAGGCGGACAUCCUCGCAACUGGACAUGUAUUUCUACGACAUGUAUUAAUGUGCUAGAACGUAUUCGUAGCGAUGUAGAGAUGGCUUCUUCCCGUCUCCUGGUUGGACCCCAUGGAGACUUGAGCGAUAUGACUGAAGAAGAAUUAGUGGAAGUGGAUCGAGAAAUGUUGAUGAUGCCGCAGAAAUCGAGGAAGCAAUUGUAUUCUUCGGCUGUCAGACAACGUCAUCGUAUCGCCAUGAGACCUGUUACUCGUCGUCCUGAUCUCAACGGCAAGCAGCAGUUCACUUUGUUCAAAAAGGUCUAUUUAUUGUGGAGUGAUCAACCGUUCGUAAUACCAAGAUUCGAAGCGCAUAUCGCUGUCCUUGCAAUCGAAAGUUUGUAUAUGUUCGUCGUGGAAUCUUACGAAGAAGAUCGCUACGGGAUUGUUCUGAAGGAUCUGCCAACUAUCAUUGGAGUGUUUGUUCAAUUGAUCCAAGUUAUUGACAAAUUCUUCCGAUUGCGAGCGAACCAAACAGUUGUGACCUCUUCUGAUGGAACAUUGCGACAGAUAGACGCUGCGCUGCAAGCUGGAUUGCUACGUAUUAAUUGGAAGUUUGGAGCUCAUCUUAGUUCUUUGAAUCUUUCUCGAGAACAACUUCAAACUAUAAAAAUGGUCUGCCAGUCUGAAACCUAA